AGUGCGAUUUGUUCGCAUGAAAUGUAGGUACAGCAAGAAAUAAGGAACAUGUAUCAUCCCAAGUUUUUAUGAACUUUCAGUACAUCUCUGGAGGUUUUUGAAAGAAAAUUUGGUUUUCCAAUAUAAAUUCCCAUACAUGCAUCAUAAAUUCAAAAUAUCCAUACUGUACUUUUUCAAAAAUUUUGAGCUUGUUUGCCUUCCAAAAAUAAAACAAAUGAGUAAACAGCCAUAUUCUAGAGAAGAAUGAAAUAAACACGUACCUGGUCGAUUGGUCACUGCGAUGGCAUCAAUAUCGGAGAAACCUAACUUUGCCUUAGUCAUAGUUCCUUGCACAGUUUUUUCAACAUUAUAUCGAUGGAAAUCUUGGGCGAGAGGAGGAAUUAUACCGCCGAAUCUGAGAAAUAAUCAAUUAUUUUAAUUUUAAUCACCGUUAGUUAUGCUUGUUAAAUAAUUUUCAAACUUCUGUUCCACUGAAAUCAUGUUAAAGGUCUUACCUUAAAUGACUAUUUUGUUGCGAAUGUAAGCUUUCGGCUAGUACUAUUCCGUUGGAACUGACAAUGGCCGCCCCGCUGUCAUCGCAACUGGUUUCAAUUCCCAAAACGUAAGGCCGUAUUGGCUCUGGCCUCUGAUGAUAGUUCCUGGAAAUCGUUUAAAUGUUAAAAUAUAAGAUUAAAGAUUCAGACAUUCAAAGUUGUAAAUUAUCCAAGCUUUAGAAUUGAUGAAGAUGGUUAAAUGGCUUUUUCCUUACCGAUAUGAAGCUAGUUUCAAACCAGGACGUUGUAAUUUAAUCCAAUUCAUAGUUCAAAGCAGCGGUUGAUUAAAACAAUUUUACAGCAUCCUGCAGAACUACCGGUUCCUUUAAUUCGCGAAACUGGUCACAAUCGUAUAUGGGGUAUAUAGGCGGUGGGAUGAGUGAUGCGAAUUUUUGUUUUUAUUUUGAACACUUUAAAAAAAUAUUAAGCAUUUGGGAUAUUUUUAAUGUUACACUCCUUUAACUCAUUUCUGAGUAGUUCCUGUGUAUCAAGAGUUUGGUCAAAUACUUAGGUCCUAAGAUAAUUGGGAGACUCCUCGACCGAGCGCUAUGAUUAUCUAACGCAAAAAUCAAAAAUUUAGGGUAAUUCCAUAAUUCUAAAUUUGUUGUAACUUGCAACGGGCAUUGAACAAAUGUUAUUUUUAGUUCUAAUUUCAAGCUCAUAUUAUUAGAAAUUGCUUGAUAUGUUUGAUAUAGCCCAUCAAUGAUUACUUAUGAACGGGCGUGUUCAAAGAUGAGAAAAUCAUAAUAUUUACCUUUUGUUGGUAGCCGGUGGGUGGGUGGUAGAUCGGUCAGAGUCAGGCGGUCCAGAGCUAAAUAGUAGUAGCGAUGGCUCAACGGUUUUAUAAAUUAAUCACUGAAAAGAUAUUGGAAAUAAGUGAUAGGAAAUCGCUUAGCAAUCGGUUGGUUCCAAUUGUUUCGAAUGUUUCAAAUACUCCACAAUUCCAUUGGCCAUGCGACGGAGUAUAUUCGGAUAAGCAAAUCAAUUCAAUUAAAACUGCAUUGAGGCAUGAACACGCGAUUGAAGACGUCAGUUCAUCACGCGUUGGUAGAAGACAAGCGCUAGUAUUUCAUUUGAACAGAAAUUCUUUCAUUCAUGAAACGAUGUCAACGUUAUCAUUAAACAGGAAAAAGUUGCAUGAAACUCCUAGAACUAUAAUAGAAUUUAGUUCGCCUAACAUUGCUAAACCAUUUCACGCUGGUCAUCUGCGUUCUACAGUUAUAGGGAAUUUCCUAUCGAACUUAUUCAAUCACUUAGGGCAUGACGUUACAAAGAUCAACUAUUUGGGCGAUUGGGGCACCCAGCUGGGAUACCUUAUGCUUGGUAUUGAACUGCAAAAGCUAACCAAACAUCAAAUAAAAAUAAAUCCCAUACAAUGUCUGUAUAACGCAUAUGUCCAUGCCCACGAAAUGGCAUCUGCACAACACGAUCUCGACGAGAAAGCCCGCCAAAUUUUCAAAAAUCUGGAAGACAAUUCACAGUUGCACAUGGAAAACUGGAAUGAGCUUCGAUCAUAUACGGUUGAUGAAUUGAAAAAUGUUUACAACCGAUUAGGAAUCUCAUUCGAUCACUACUUCUGGGAGUCCCAAUAUGGCAUCAAGGACAUCGACAACGUAUUGAGUCUGAUGGAAAAGACAAACACUUUAUCCCUCCAGGAUGAUGGUAGACGGGUAACCAAGGUUGGCACUCGGGUGAUUCCGAUAGUGAAAAGCGAUGGUACAACUUUGUACAUUGCACGAGAUAUUGCGGCGCUUAUCGAUCGAUUUGAGAAGUUUCAAUUCAACAACGCUUUGUACGUGGUGGAUAACGCACAAAGUGAUCAUUUUGCGGCCUUAAGUUCGAUUGCUCGGAAUAUGAACUUACCGUGUGCUACCGGAAUAAAACAUGUUAAAUUUGGACGAGUUUUGGGAAUGAGUACUAGAAAGGGAACGGCAAUAUUCUUGCAAGACAUAUUGGAUGAAGCAGAUGCGCUAAUGAAAAAGAAGCAGAUUGAAAGCAAAACUACAAAAAUAGACGUACAUGUACAUUCUUCUGUUACUUCUGUGCUGGGUGCUACAGCGGUUGUUGUCAAUGAUCUUAAACAGAGACGCAUGCGUGAUUACAAUUUCAGCUGGGAGAAGGCUCUCCAAACUGAUGGUGAUACUGGCAUCAAGUUACAAUACACACACUGCCGAUUAUGGAGCUUGCAGUGUUUGAACGCUGACUUGGUUCAAAGCGGUACAACGUGCAACCCUCAACUGUUACCUGAGCCAGAGGCACUAGCUAUCGUUGUUGAAAUUUCAAAAUUUGAUGAAAUAUUAAUGGAGAGUGCCGAUAGCUUAGAAUCCUGCGUACUGGUGAAUUAUCUGUUCGGAUUGAGCAAUGCAAUAAACCGAGCCAUGACCAAGCUGUCAAUCAAAAAUGAGUCUUGCAAAGAGAAAGCUGCACAACGGAUGGCAUUGUUUAUAGCUGCUCGCAAAACGUUGGAGCGUGGUAUGGAAAUUUUGGGACUACGGGUGCUAAAAGAAAUGUGAAAUGUGACAAAAGUGAAUUUUGAACAACACAUGUUAUAGAGUUCAAAGAAUAUAAGUUUAAAAA